GACAAACGAGAGUCGGUCCCAGUGCGUGAAGCAGCAGAGCGACGAGCGCGAGGACGAAACGACGACAAACAAACAAACAAACAACAGCGACGACAAGAUGGUGGCCAAACAGAGGAUCCGCAUGGCGAACGAGAAACACAGCAAGAACAUCACGCAGAGAGGAAACGUGGCCAAGACGACGAGGAGCCUCACCGAUGACAAAGGUGUGGGGCCGUGGCUGCUCGCCCUCUUCAUCUUCGUCGUCUGUGGAUCCGCCAUCUUCCAGAUCAUCCAGAGCAUCAGGAUGGGCAUGUAGAGUGACGUCAUUGACGGGGGCGGGGCCACGGAAGGCGCGGCGAACGCCAACACCAUCGGAGCGCCGUGUUGCCACCCCAACCCGACCAAAACAUUCCUGAACUCUGACCGCGGUCACCUGAGCAGACCAACCCCCUGCCCCCCCUCCUCAAACAAACCCCGCCCCCUGAUACCAGCCUGUUAUCUGUUGAUUUAACCUGUCGCCACCCACUGUCCUUCUCACAGUGUUCAUGUUUCACUCUGUGCCUUUCUGUGUAUACCUGAGCUUUGGCCACGCCCCCCUGCGGGGCCAGCUGCAGACCAAAGUGAUGGUGGCGUCUGGACAUGAAGGUCUUUUGAAUCAGAAGGUAGUGAGGAGCUCACAGGUGAGCCUGCACCGUGUGCAGCUGCACCUGAACAUUCCCGUUCACUCAAUAAAGUUCACUUUGAAUACGGA